AUGAAGAUCACCAUCAAGGAUCUCAAGCAGAACAAGUUUACGGUCGAGGCUGAGCCGACCGACCUUAUCUCGACUGUAAAGCAGAAGAUCGCCGAUUCCCAGGGUUGGGAUCCUAAGAGCCAGAAGCUCAUCUACUCUGGCAAGAUUCUCAAGGAUGAGGACACUGUAGAGAGUUAUAAGAUCGAGGAGAAGGGCUUCGUCGUCUGCGUUGUGCAAAAGCCUAAGGCAGAGCCCAAGUCGGCUCCCGCUGCUGGGUCGUCAUCUGCUGCGGCCCCGGCGACACCUGCUCCUGCUCAGACUUCGACCCCGGCUGCCCCGGCGGCUCCAGCUCCAGCCGCUGCCCCGGCUCCCACUGCGGCUGCCGCCCCCGCGACGCCGACGCCAACCAGGACCGACCCUGAGGCCUUUAGGGAUCCCAACUCGCUUGCCAUUGGCGCCGCACGUGCUGAAGCUAUUGCGAAUAUGGAGGCGAUGGGCUUCGAGCGCUCCCAGAUCGAUAUUGCCAUGCGCGCUGCCUUCAACAACCCUGAGCGCGCUGUCGAGUAUCUUCUGAACGGUAUCCCGCCGCACCUUCAGCAGGAAGCCCAGCCUUCUCGUUCCCCGGCUGGCGCUUCUGCGGCUCCUUCUGCGGCACCUGCCGCUCCUGAGGACGAUAACGUGAACCUCUUUGAUCUCGCCGCCCAGCAGGGCCGGGGCUCUGGCUCCCGCGGCGCUAGCGGCGCCGGUGCUGCUGCUCAGCAGCAGGGUCUGGGCAACCUCGAGUGGCUCCGCCACAACUCUCAGUUCCAGCAACUUCGCCAGGUUGUUCAGCAACAGCCCCAGAUGCUCGAGCCCAUCCUUCAGACCCUGAGCGCCAGCAACCCUCAGCUCGCCCAUGUGAUCGCCACCAACCCUGAUCAGUUCCUCGAGCUGCUCAGCGAAACCGGUGACGACGAUGCCCCGCUCCCGCCUGGUGCGCACCAGAUCUCGGUCACGGAGGAGGAGCGCGAUGCCAUUGAGCGUCUGGUUCGCCUCGGCUUCACCCAGGACCAGGCCAUCCAGGCCUACUUUGCCUGCGACAAAAAUGAGGAACUGGCUGCCAACUUCUUGUUCGACCAGCCCGAUGAUGACGAUGACCUUCCCCAGCAGUGA